UAGGAUUUAAUUUAGGGAUUCAUGCGAUUUGGCAAAGCAUAGCUAGUAACUUCAUUGUGUUUCCUGGAGAUUAGCAUCCAAACUGGGAAUUUAAAAAAUACUUCUUGUAUUAACAGAACUGACAAGAACUGUUGUUAAUAAAGAAGCAGAAAUGGAGAAAUUAAUCACUCCUUUAAAAUUAUUUUAAUGUACAACUACACGAAACACAAUGUAACUGGUGCAUCACACCCUCAGGCUGUAUUUAAAGACACAGUGAUGUAAUAUUUAUAGAAACAGAACACGAGGCAAUAUUUAUAGAAACCAUCAUUUGUCCAUCACAUAAUCAGACUUAGGAGUCAUCUGUUUGUUCUGUGCAACAGGAUAUUAAUCUUUGGCUUUUCACUGAAGAUGAAACUGAACACGAAACACUAACGGUUUGUGUCAGUUUCCACAUGCUUUUCAAGUUACUUGAAAUUGAUAUUCAAGAACACAAGUGAAAAUUCUGGAAUCACUGCAUAACACGGGCCUUUGCAAUACUGGAUUUUGCCGAUGCUCUCAUAUUUCUCAAUAGAAUGUGUCACUUCUAAAUUCCUUGAAUGCAAAAUUCCAGUCUGUUGUCACUUGACUUUAGUGGAUUAGCUGAAUCAGUGGGCAGGUGACAUGUAUUGCACCAGUCAUUGGCUCCCAUGCCACUGCACUGGCGAGGUUCACCAGGUCAAACAAAAUAUCACAUAACACCUCCCAGAAAUAGCCCUAGUCUGCACAAACAACCUACAUAAGUGCUUUUUUCCUUCUGGAGAAACAACGCUAUUAAAACAUUACAAAACCAGCAUGGCUUAUGUAGCACCCAAGGUUAAGUGGCGCAAACAAAAGACCUACCGCAGCGAUGUGAUCGCCACAGCCAAGGCCACAGGUUGUGUCCUACAGUUCUGGAACUCACUGCUUGUUGGUGAUGAGCUGACCAUUCUCAGCAUCGUGGACGACGACGAGUAUGGAUACCUUAUUGAUGCCAUUUAUGACACCAGCAACAUAGAGGAAUGGAAGAACUUCAGAUAUAACUACAGAGGCUUGAGACUGUGGUCACUGACAUAUGAGCAGGAACUGACCACACCAAUUCACAUCACUGCUGGUCGAGGUUUUACAGACUGCCUGAAACUCCUGCUGCAACGUGGGGCCAACGUAGACCUAGCACCUGGUGGCACCACUGCCCUCCACGAGUCCUGUGAAAACUGCCAGCCAGAGUGUACCAAACUGCUGCUGAUCCACGGCGCCAAUGCCAAUGCUGUCUCUGAAGAUGGCCUUAUGCCUUUGCACCUUUGUACAAGCCCGGAAUCCCUUGAAUGUGCCAAAUAUCUCCUUCAGUAUGGUGCAGCCAUCAAUGGUCGCUCUACUGAUGAAAAUGACACUCCUUUACAUUUGGCAGCCAGGAAUGGCCUCUCAGACCACACUGAGCUCUACCUGCGUUAUGGGGCUUCUGUGGACAAACAGAAUGAUGAAGGUCUCACACCCCUGAACACUGCUUGUUCUCAGCCCCAGGAAGUGCAGGACCUCCCGCGUUACUUUAAGGUGUGCCAGAUGCUGCUGGGGUCAGGGGCCGAUGUCCACACUUUGGACCAAGACAAACACACUCCUUUGCAUAUGGCCUGUAAGAAUGCAAACCCAGACAUAGUGGAUCUGCUCCUGGCUAAUGGUGCCUGUGUUAACAACAUGGACUACGGUGGUGAAGCUCCUAUGCACAACAUCCUGAAGGUGGUGUGCUACAAGAUUUCCCAUCACCCUGAGAGGAUUGUUCGCGCUUUGCUCAACUAUGGUUCUAUUCGGGUCUGGCCUGGAGCUCUGCCCAUGGUUUUGAAGCACUGCUCUGAAUCUCCACGCACCAUCGAGGUUCUUCUGAACGCCUACAGCCACCUCAAAGUCAACGACACCUGGGUUGAGUCAGUUUCUCCAGAGAUGUUUAAGGAGCACAAGGAGUUUUAUGAGUCAGUCUUCUCCUUGGCACUGACUCCUCGCUCGCUGCAGCACUUGGCACGCUGCAGACUCAGGAGCUUCCUGGAGGGCCGAGUACACAAGGUGGUCCCCAAACUUGAUAUACCCACCUUCAUCAAGAAAUACCUGCUCCUGGAGUACAGAGGCUAUGUCCACUAAAAGCACUGUGUGCAGUGUCGGUGUGAGGCCUGAUGAAGACUUGAGUGCUGCUGAAUGUGAGGAGGAUAUUGUAGUUCACAAGAGAAUAAUUCUCAGUAAUACUCCGUAGUUUUACUGUAGCAGUAUGCAGCAGUACUCUGAAUACUUUGAAAUAUAUUUUUGUGCCACGUUUGGUCUUCAGGAGGAAGAAGCAGCUGCUUGUUUUCUGUCACUUUUAUUCCAGAUCAAUCUUUCAGCACAGAUACACGUUUGAAUUUGCACCAGAAGAGGGAGCUAUAGCCUUGAGUUGACAAAGUAUAUAGCAAGUGUGGAACUGUAUGUUUUUCUAUUUUGUUUAUUUCGUGAUCAGUUUUUUUUUUUUAAACUUCUAAACUUGCUUGUAUUUUUAUACAUAAUGAUUCUCACUGUUUGGUGAUAAUGUGCACAGUAAUGAUGAGCCAUCACUUUUUUUUUUUGCAUAAUUAUUCUUCCCACCGAUAUGAUUGUAAUUAGGCGUUUUACAUCACAAUUAGGCCUGAUAUAAAAUAAAAUAUUCCAUCAUGGCCUUGUAA